CGGUUUACGGUUACCAUGGGAGACGUUUGGAAGCUAAAGCCAUCGAGGGUUCCAGUCUAGCAUCAGAAGCAGACAAACUUCGUCUGUGAAUCGUUUCGAAACGCUGUAAUCAUCAUUAUUUAUUGUAACAACAGUUUUGCUUUAAAAAAUUUACGGUUAAAAAAAGGAAAACGUCUUUCCUUUUGUUUGCGUAUGUAAUUAAGGCUAACCAAGCUAAGCUAACGGCGUAGGCUACAGUAAACGACGCAUUCAAAACAGAGGCCUCGCGACAAACGUUAGCUUGUUUUAACGGAAAAAUUUCCUCACUGAGAAAUUAUUUGCAUAUCUAUAUGUUGAAGUCGGAUACAUUAUAAUCCCACAGCCGCCAUGUUCAUUUACCUCAGCAAGAAGAUCGCUAUUCCCAACAACAUCCAUCUGAAAUGCCUCUCCUGGAACAAGCACCAGGGGUUCAUUGCAUGUGGAGGAGAAGAUGGUCUGCUAAGGGUGCUGAGGCUUGAAACACAGACAGAUGACACCAGGCUGAAAGGUCUUGCUGCACCUAGCAACCUGUCCAUGAAUCAGACUUUAGAGGGACAUAGUGGUGCAGUGCAGGUAGUGACCUGGAAUGAACAGAAUAAAAAACUGACAACCAGUGACCAGAAUGGACUCAUUAUUGUGUGGAUACUGUACAAAGGUGCAUGGUACGAGGAGAUGAUUAACAACAGGAACAAAUCGGUAGUGAGGAGCAUGAGCUGGAACGCUGAUGGUCAGAAGAUCUGCAUUGUGUAUGAAGAUGGGGCUGUCAUCGUUGGAUCGGUGGAUGGCAACCGGAUUUGGGGGAAGGAGUUGAAGGGGAGUCAGCUCGCUCAUGUUGCUUGGUCUCCUGACAGUAAGAUCCUGCUGUUCGGCAUGGCCAGCGGCGAAGUACAUAUUUAUGACAAUCAAGGGAACUUCAUAAUGAAAAUGGCCAUCAGCUGUCUCACCGGGGCAACCGGAGCUGUCAGCAUAGCUGGAAUCCACUGGUACGCAGGAGCUGGGGGUUACGUUGAGCCAGAUUGUCCAUCCCUCGCCAUCUGUUUCGACAAUGGAAGGAGUCAGAUCAUGCGCAAUGAGAAUGAUGAGAACCCGGUGUAUAUUGACACUCUGAUGAAUGUGAUCAGUAUCCAGUGGAACCACUGUGGCAGCGUGCUGGCAGUGGCAGGUUCCCUCAGAGCCUCAAAUAUGGAGAAAGAAUUUAAUGUGGUGCAGUUCUACACACCCUUUGGAGAGCAUCUGAGAACUCUAAAGGUACCCGGGAAGCACGUGUCUGGGAUCUCGUGGGAGGGAGGAGGCCUACGAAUCGCCCUGGCUGUGGACUCUUACAUCUACUUUGCCAACAUAAGACCAGAUUACAAAUGGGGCUACUGUUGCAGCACGGUGGUGUACGCCUUCACGAAGCCAGAGCGGAAGGAGUACUGUGUAGUUUUCUGGGACACCAAAAACGACGAGAAAUUUGUGAAAUAUGUCAAGAGCUUGAUGUCUAUAACUACCUCGGGAGACUUCUGCAUCCUGGCCAGCAAGGCAGAUGAAAUACAACCUCAAGAAGAUGUUCGGUUAGAGACUGGGAGUCCUGUGAGGUAUGUCCUGAUCCUCUGCAAUUCCAUCGGUACUCCUCUGGACUCCAAAUACAUUGAUAUCGAGCCACUGUUUGUUACCAUGACGAGGACACACGUCAUCGCUGCGUCCAAAGAGGCUUUCUAUCUGUGGCAGUACAGAGUGGCCAAGAAGCUGACUGCCCUGGAGAUCAACCAAGUGACCAGAACCAAGAAGGGGGGCCGGGAGAGGUUCUAUCACAUCGACAGCAAUCUAUCUGGCACCAACGAUGAUGGGCCAGAUUUUUCAAAAACCUUCGCAACAACUCGAGAUCCUAUCUGCUGCAUCACAGCAACAGAUAAAACCCUGGUGGUGGGUCGUGAGUCCGGUGCCAUCCACAGAUACAGCCUUCCAAAUGUUAGCCUCAUCCAGAAGUAUUCCUCAAACAGUCGAGCCCAUUAUCUGUCUCUAAACUGCAACUCCAGUCGUCUGGCUAUAAUUGACAUCUCGGGCUUGCUGACUUUGUUGGAAUUGGACGUUCAUUCUGCCACAGACGAAGGGACAAGAAACCAGGCAACUGCAGGAGAUCCAUCCAAGUUUGAGCGUAAAGAUGUCUGGGACAUGAAGUGGGCAAAUGACAAUCCUGAUCUGUUUGCCAUGAUGGAGAAGACCAGGAUGUACGUGUUCAGGAACCUUGACCCAGAAGAACCCAUUCAAACAUCUGGAUACAUCUGCAACUUUGAAGAUUUGGAGAUCAAAUCAGUUUUGCUUGAUGAAAUUAUGAAGGAUCCAGAGUGGCCAAACAAAGACAACAUCUUUAACUUUGAAAUCCGCUCCCUGAGAGACAGCCGAGCACUUAUUGAGAAAGUGGGCAUUGAAGAUGCUUCACAAUUCAUUGAAGACAAUCCUCACCCAAGGCUCUGGCACCUGCUGGCGGAGGCAGCCCUACAAAAACUGGACCUGAAGACAGCCGAGGAGGCCUUUGUCCGCUGCAAAGACUACCCGAGCAUUCAGUUUGUCAAGCGUCUGGGCAACCUGCAGAGCGAGCCCAUGAAACAAGCCGAAGUGGCAGCCUACUUCAGCAGAUUUGAGGAAGCUGAAAGCAUGUAUCUGCAUAUGGAUCGGAGGGACCUCGCCAUCAACCUAAGGAUCAAGCUGGGAGACUGGUUCAAGGUUCUGCAGCUACUCAAAACUGGCUCUGGGGACGCUGAUGAUGCUCUGCUGGAGCAGGCUUACAAUGCCAUUGGAGACUACUAUGCUGACAGACAGAAGUGGGGGGAUGCAGUGCAAUACUACCUUAACGGCCGUAACCAAGAGAGGCUGGCAGAUUGUUACUACAGGUUGGAGAAUUAUGACGGCCUUGAGCAGCUAGCUGCGGACCUCCCUGAAAACCACAAACUGUUACCGGAAAUUGGACAGAUGUUUGCCACCGUGGGGAUGUGUGAACAGGCAGUGAAGGCCUACCUGAAGUGCAACCAGCCAAAAGCAGCUGUGGACACAUGCGUCCAUCUGAACCAGUGGAACAAAGCUGUGGAACUGGCAAGGACCCACAACAUGAGGGAGAUAAAAUCCCUUCUUUCCAAAUAUGCCUCACAUCUUCUAGAGGAAAAUAAAACUCUGGAGGCAGUGGAACUUUAUCGGAAAGCUCACCACUUUCUCGACGCAGCCAAACUCAUGUUUAAGAUAGCGGAUGAGGAGGGGAAGAAAAUGAGCCGACCUCUGAGGGUGAAAAAGCUUUACGUUCUGGCUGCUCAGCUUGUUGAGGACUACCAUGAGCAGGUGAAGGCAUCACAGCAGAGCAAAGUCAAAGGAAAGAAGUCAGAGGCAACAUUCGCACUUGCUGGCCUUCUUGAAGAAGACGCAACAUCAUCAGACAACCGCAUCAUAGACUGUGCUUGGCGUGGAGCUGAAGCGUAUCACUUCUUCCUGCUCGCCCAGAGGCAGCUCCAUGCAGGCUACACAGAGAACGCCAUGCGCACAGCCCUUCAUCUUCGUGAGUACGAGGACGUCAUCCCUGCAGUCGAGAUCUACUCUCUGUUGGCUCUUUGUUCUGCAGCGAACCGGGCUUUUGGCACCUGCUCCAAGGCCUUCAUCAAGCUGGAAUCUCUGGAGAGCCUGAGCCCUGAGCAGAGGCAGCUCUACGAGGAUUUGGCCCUGCAGAUUUUCACUAGGCAUCCUCCAAAGGACAUCCGCGUGUUGCGGGCUGACGGCUCCUUAGAGGGAGCCGAGGGAAAACUGCCCACGUGCAUCGUGACGGGUCUUCCCAUCCAGGAAUACCAGUUUUGGAUGUGCAGUGUGUGUAAACACUGCGCUGUGGAGCAGGAGAUCAGCAAAUACAACUGCUGCCCGCUGUGCCACAGUCCUGUAGCAUGAAGAACAACUAUUUCCUGUGUGGACUCUGAUUCAGACAGAAAAGAGGAGUUUUAAACAGCUGCCUUUUGUUACGUGCUAAAUGUUCAGACUUUGACAUUUUAACAGGCAGCUACCUGAUUAUUAGAGAAACAAGCAGCUCAGUUGAUUCAUGUUAACAGUUUAAACAGGAAAUUCAAUCUUUAUCUUUGCUUCACCUUAUGUAUCUUUAAAAGUUAUGUUUAUUUUGGCAUUAAAGGUUUUAAAUAGUUA